CCUUCCGGUCUCUCACGAGCCGUCCUCCUCGGGCACGACACGAGCGGUGCCCUGCCCCUGCCCACCCAUAAAACCCUCGCAGAUUGAGCGUGCCAACUCCAACCGCACAGGACGAUCGGCCGGCUCCGAGGUCUCCUCCGCUCCGACUCGGCCAACCACCCACCCGAUCCCGGAUUCUCUUUUCGAACGUCGGCGGCGGCGAUGGAGAGGCUCCUGACGUCGCUGGUCUUCUGCGAGGCGCCGCUGGACUUCGCCUACGGCACGCCCGCAGGCACCGGCGCGAGGUUCGCCGCGGACUCCAGUGCCGGCGCCGGGUCAUCGAGGCCGGCCGAGGGAGCCGCCGAGACGACGCGGCGCGUCGCCGUCAAGGCGGCGCUGCGGAAGCAGCAGCCCGAGCUCGCUCCGGCGUUCGACGGGCUCAACUGCUUCGAGACCGUCGUCAUGCCGUCCCGGUCGAGCCAUUGAUCGAUGCACCCAGCUUUCCAUGGUUUCUUGCUCCAAUUCCUUUAUGCUGAUCCGUAGUGUAGGAAGUAACUUUUGUUCGUGCAACCUGCCUCCGUUUUAUUCGUUCGAUUAUUGUACUGCAUAAGUAUCGCUGAUAUAGCAAGUUACAAGCUACCUAUAGCUUUACUGAA